AUGGCUAGUGAAAUGUUUCUGUUUCAUGUACCUAAACUCACCAAAGAUAACUAUGAAAAUUGGAGUAUCCAAAUGAAGGCGUUAUUUGGCUCGCAAGAUGCAUGGGAGAUUGUAGAGAAAGGUUAUGUUGAACCGGAUGAUGAAGCGGCGCUUCCGCAAAAUGAAAAAGAUGUGCUGCGUAUUUCAAGAAAGAGAGACAAGAUGGCUCUCUACCUCAUCUAUCAAGGAAUGGAUGAGUCGUCGAUCGAGAGGAUAUCGAGAGCUGUUAAUGCGAAGCAAGCAUGUGAGAUUUUGAAAAAUUCAUUCAAAGGCGUGGACAAAGUAAAGAAGGAGUCGAAAGAUGUCGAAUCCAUGACCGUGGAUGAGCUCAUGGGAUCUCUUCAAGCCCAUGAAGAAAGAAUGAGAAAGAGAAGUAAAGAGGGAGCGGUAGAACAAGUUCUACAAGCUAAGCUUACUUUAAAAGUCAAAGGAGAGAGCUCUAGUAGUAAUGCUAUAAGAAGAGGACGCGGCUACUACGGCGAAAUAGGAAGAGGCAAGCAAAAUAACGAUGAUAAGAGGGGCCAGAGGUUGAGAUCCACAAGAGGUCGUGGCAGAGGAAACAAUUCAUGGCGCAACAAUAAUAGGCCAAGAUAUGACAAAUCUCAAGUCGAAUGCUAUAACUGUCAUAAGCUUGGUCAUUAUGCUUCGGACUGUCGACCUUCUUCAAAUAUUGUCGAGGAGAGAGCAAACUACGCUAGUAAAGAAAAUCAAGAAGACCAGACCUUGUUGGUGGCAUGCAAAGGAUGUGACUAUGAUGAAAACUGUACAUGA